GCGGCGCUGUUGAAUGGAGAAAGCUUUAUUGUUCCCCGCGCCGCCGCCACCGUCACCAUCACCUCCUGGAGCCCGAGUGUUCGCGUGUCCUCCAAACCGCUGUCAAUAAAGAACAGACAGUUUGAAUCGGCGGCGCCGAGCAGCUGGUGCUGAUCCUCAGAGAGGCGUUUUGACAGAAGGGCUAACGGUGCUCUUCUUGCACCUGGCUGGGGCAAUGGAGCUUCCCAACUACAGCUGCCAGUUGCUGCAGCAGCUGUAUACGCUCUGCAAGGAGAGACAGUUCUGUGACUGCACCAUUUCUAUUGGGACAGUUUAUUUCAGGGCCCAUAAACUGGUCUUGGCUGCUGCCAGCCUCCUCUUUAAAACAUUGCUGGAUAAUACAGACACAAUCUCUAUCGAUGCAUCUGUUGUGAGUCCAGAUGAGUUUGCUCUCCUGUUAGAAAUGAUGUACACUGGCAAGCUCCCUGUGGGCAAACACAACUUCUCCAAGAUUAUCUCCUUAGCUGACAGCCUGCAGAUGUUUGAUGUGGCAGUUAGCUGUAAGAAUCUGCUCACCAGUCUCGUGAGCUGCUCUGGUCCAAGUCAAGUAAUAAGAGAUGCUUCCCCUCAGACAGUGGAGCCGUGCAAAAAGGACACUGAUAGACUGCUGGUUGAGAAUCCUUCCCCGAAGAAUGUGCUUGUGUCUUCCCAAGAGGUUCCAUCCCCUCCUGUGGCUCUGAAGGCUGACACUGUGGUGGUGGUCAGUGCAAUGACACAAGAAGCUGGGGGCAUGACUCCUGCCGUGGAGCAGCAGGAGCUUGAUAUGAAUUCUGCUGUUGCCCAGGAAGAGGCUCUGGAGAUUGAAAUGAAGAGCCCAGCUUCACCAACAGAGACUGCCAACAUCCCCCAAAUGCAUUCUCUUUCUCCUGGGAAAGAAGUGGUGGAUGAGGAGGUGGAGGAAGAGGAGGCGGUGGCAGCAGCAUGUACGUCUCAGAAAAUGACAGAGAACAUCACAGAACCAGAGCAUGAGAGGAAGUUGUCUAAGCUGGAUUUCCUUCUGCAAAAUGAAAGCAUCUUCUCUGAAGCACUCUCUGUUGCCCAGGAUGUGCUGAAAAAACUAGACGAAUGUGGAGACAUUAAAAGUCCCCAUAAGGAGGCCAUCUUGGAGUGUCUGGAAGCUAAAGAAGGAAUCUCGACAUUCAAAAGAAUCCUCAGUAAAGUCAGAAACAAUGAGUGCCUCGAUGUUGAGACUGUGAUGUCUUUGUUGGAGCUGUUCCAGGACACCCACCCUGAAAUAAGAGCAGCACUGCAAAAGCGAGAGCCAGAAGAUGGAGAAAACACGCAGCUGAAAAGGAGCACCGAGGAGGGAAAGACCUUGUCCAUCCUGUUACUGGAACACAAAGAGGACCUGAUACAGAGCGUAACCCAGCUGAGACCCAUUAGGGAGUUCCUAGAGACAGCCCCGGGGGACCUUCUGACCUGCGUGGAAAAAGAGGUGAUUUUGAAUUGCUGCGAGGGCGGAACACCCAAGGAGACAAUAGAAAAUUUGCUGCACAGAGUGACUGAAGAGAAAACAUUGACUGCUGAGAGUUUGGUUAAACUCCUUCAGGCUGUGAAGAUCACAUUCCCCAACUUGGACCUUCUGCUGAAGGAUUUACAGAAACAAGCAAGUGUGCCAAGCACUACAGUCCAACCAAGCCCUGAUGAUUUUGGGACUGAGCUCUUGAGACGAUACCAUGAAAACCUCUCUGAAAUUUUCACUGACAAUGAAAUGUUACUAAAGGUGAUCUCAUCUGCAAGCAGUUUAACUUCUGGAGAAAGAGAGGCCAUGGAACAGCUUGUGAAAGGCGACAGCGGGCGUGGUGGCUUUGGCGCCCUGGUCUCCGCAGUGCUGGAAGGACAGCCGCUGUUGGGGAGGGCCAUUUGGAAGGUGCUGCUGGGGGCCCAGACAGCUGAGCCAUGCCCGCUAAACCUGCUCAUGGAGGAGAUGCACAAGGAGCCCGGCGCUGACUAUUUUUUCCAAGCAGUGGCCACCCCAGAAAGUGCUACUAUAGAAAUCAUCUUGAGACAUGGCAAGCUAAUCACCGAGGCCAUUCAGCCGAGAGCUGAGCUAAAGUGCCUCACUCCAGGAGAGGAGAGACUGGCGGAGGCCGUGAAGGAGAUUCUGAGUGUUUCCUGUGAGCCAGCCAGCCCUGAAGCUUCCCUGAAAGCAGCUCUCAGCAGAGCCCAGGAAAAGUCGCUCCCCACCAUGGAGAUCUGCCGCCUUCUCUGCAGCCUUCAUGAGGUCUUUCCAGACCUGCAAGCAGUCCUGCAGGAGCUGGGCAACCUGGGUCUCCUUAUGAAGGACAAGGAGCAGGGUACUCCCAAGCAGUGGAAGGUGCUGGAGGCGCAGGGAGGAGCGUCGGCCGGGAGUCCUGCUGAGCCUGGGGAAGGGAGUGCUAAGGAGAAGGAGGCGGGGCUGGAGGAGCUGGAGGGCAGCGCCGCCCCCUCCCCCAAGAAGAGCUUUGUCUGCACGGCCUGUGACAAGAGCUUCCAUUUCUACUGCCGCCUCAAGGUGCACGUGAAGCGCUGUCGCGCGGCCCAGGGGAAGCAGGUGCCAUGCCGAGAAUGUGGCGAGAUGAAGGCCUCCAAGAAGGAGCUGGAGAAACACCUGCAGGAGGCCCACGGUGGGGCCGGGCCACCAGGCACCCCGAAGAAGAAGAAGAGGAGGCUCCCUGUGACCUGUGACAUCUGCGGCAGAGAGUUUGCUCACGCCUCUGGAAUGCAGUACCACAAGCUGACAGAACAUUUUGAUGAGAAGCCUUUCUCGUGUGAAGAAUGCGGGGCCAAGUUUGCAGCCAAUUCAACCCUGAAGAACCAUCUCCGCCUUCACACUGGGGAUCGCCCUUUCAUGUGCAAGCACUGCCUCAUGACGUUCACACAGGCGUCUGCCCUGGCUUAUCACACCAAGAAGAAACAUGCUGAAGGGAAGAUGUACGCUUGUCAGUACUGCGAUGCUGUGUUUGCCCAGUCAAUCGAGCUGUCUCGGCACGUGCGUACUCACACCGGAGAUAAGCCGUAUGUUUGCCGCGAGUGUGGCAAAGGCUUCCGACAGGCCAACGGCCUCUCCAUCCACCUGCGAACCUUUCAUAAUAUAGAUGAUCCCUAUGACUGCAAGAAGUGUCGGAUGAGUUUUCCUACCCUGCAAGAUCAUCGAAAUCACAUUCACGAGGUCCAUUCCAAGGAGUACCAUCCCUGCCCGACGUGUGGGAAAAUCUUCAGUGCCCCGUCCCUGCUGGAGCGACACAUGGUGACCCACGUCCGAGGGAAGCCUUUCAGCUGCGGCAUCUGUGACAAGGCCUACCAGCAAUUGUCUGGUUUGUGGUAUCACAACCGGACCCACCACCCCGAUGUGUUCGCUGCCCAGAACCACCGGUCCUCCAAGUUCUCUGCGCUGCAGUGCAGCUCCUGCGACAAAACCUUCGCCAGCACGGCCGCUCACAAGAAGCACGUUCAGGCGGAGCACGCGGACGUGAAGUUCCAUGAGUGUGAGACCUGCCAGGAGCUCUUUCCUACCCUGGCCUUGCUUCAGGUUCAUGCCAAGUGCCGGCAUUCAGGUUCCCAGCCCUUCAGGUGCCUGUACUGUGCAGCCUCCUUCCGCUUCCCUGGAGCCCUGCAGCACCAUGUGGCCACCGAACACUUCCGGCAGACGGAGAGCACGUUCGCCUGCGAGGUGUGCGGAGAGCUCUUCACCUCCCAGGCCCAGCUCGGGGCGCACUUUGACUCUGAACACGGGAAGGUCGUGGUCACGGAGGCCCAGGUCGCAGCAGCCGCCACCCAGAUGGUGCAGGUGAUCCAGGCUCCAGAGCCAGGAGCGUCGGCUGAGCAGGUGAUCACUUUGGAGCAGACCCCUCUGGCUGGAUCCCAGGUGUUUGUCACCUUGCCAGACUCCCAGACUCCGCAGGCCAGCUCAGAGCUGGUGGCAGUGACGGUGGAGGACUUACUGGAUGGGACCGUGACCCUCAUCUGCGGAGAGGCCAAGUGAAAGUGCUCCAGUGCCUAGAAGAGAUGUCGGGGGGGAGCCAGGGAGAGCCACGCUUAGCCCUGCAGAGAGCGUUCUGAGCAUGCUGGCUGGGGAGCCUGGGCCACAGAGCCCACUCUGUCUGGGAUGGAGACCCUGAGCCUGGCAUCUCACCCAGAGGCAUGGAGGCAGCCUGGCCUCUGACACAGGUCAGCUGCUUUGUUGUCUGGUUACACAUCAGCCUAAAAUCAAGUGUCGCCUCCACAACCCGUGCCUAAUGAGCAUCGGAGAAAGGAAGUUGGAGACGGAAGCUUAGCUUGAUCCCAGACGCGGCUAACAAAGUCAGGCCAAACACAUGGUUUUUAAUCUUUAUAUGAAAUGCCUUAGUAGGGCAUCAGGCAGCUCCCGCCUAGGGCAUGUUCUGCCCCUCCUUGCUGAUACCACCAGUCCAGGGUCUCCUUGUGCUGCUUAUUCUUCCAGUCCUGCCUUGGUAAGUGGUGAUCAGGAGGCCAUCAGCAGCCCACCACCCUCUUACUAAAAGGAUGUCCAAGGAGCGGGGAGAAAAGCUCCCCUUUAACCCAGGGCCUUAGCACCUUUCCCUAACCCAUUGCCCAAGAUGAUGACCAAAGCCAGCCUUUACUGUUUUAUCAUUGGGCCAUCAAAAUAAUGGGCUCUCUUCCCACUCAGCUCUUACCUCGCACGGUACAGUAAUCUCUCUCUCCCAGAACAAAGAGUUUGGAGCAUUUUCUAUUGAGAACAUGAAAUGUGAGAUAUGCCAGCUGCCAAAGCAGCCCCAGGGGCUCUGUCCUGACCCUUUGGGAUGUUCUUUGGAAUGUGCCUUAGGGACACCCCAGCUCCUUGAGCUGUCCCUUCAUGUGUGCCAGCUCCCCGGCUCCCUAACUGGAAGCCCAAAGCCACCGCUGGAGGAGCAGAGGAGUCCCCUGAGAGCCGCGCUCCUUCAUUGUAGGCAUCUGAAUUAGCAGGAGUGCAGUCAGUUCUGCCCCAGUGUGGCGUGAGAGGCAGCUGAGGCUGCCCACAGGCCCCCCGCUCCUUGCCUCCUUGUGAAGGGUCCUCAGAAGCCUUGGGGCUCAGGCUGCUGUCAGGGCCCAUUCCAUGUGCCUCUCUUGUUGCCGGGCCACGGCCCCUCUAUGACUACAUUUCCCAAAGCCUUUUAUCUUCCGUUUCCUAAAAUAUAAUCUGAUAAUUAAUGGUUUGUUGACCCCAUUAUGAAGUGCAAUUAGAUGGAUGUAGGUUCCUGCAGUUUGGAGGGAGUGCCUAGCAUUUAUCUUCCAUUCCUUGUGCCAAAAGGUGGGACUCUGCCCGUGCAGUGUUUACAUGCUGAGCCGUGAUCCGCCCCCCACGGCCCAGGCCUCGAGCCCCUCUGGAGAGCGAUGUCCACUUCAUCACUCUUCCUAGAACCAACUCCAGCAGGAGAGAGAGCCCUUUUUCUUCCAAAUGCAUUGCGCACAGCUGUGCGCAGAAGUAGAAGCCUGUUUUGUUUAGCUUGAAGCCUUUUUUGCUGCUGCCUCUCGGUUUGUGGCUGUGGGGGCUUAACACCUGUCCGUGAGCUGGCUGACUUUGUAGAUGGGAGUUUCAGACUGGCCCUUCCAUGGGGGCAGUGCCUCAGCUGCUUUAGCCUGGGCUAGUUCUGAGGGCCAGACAGCUAAGAAUAUUGGGUAGGGUAACUGAAUGACCCCACAUCAGCGUGUAUAUCCCUCAGGUUCAUCCAGUAAACCUGAAAUAAAUGAAGUUUUCAAAGGGGACAGCCUUGAAGACUGAUAAUGACCAGAAGAUGGUGCUCAAACCUUUAAGACUUGGCUUUAGCCUUAAUGUGAAGGCCCCACGGUGGCUUCCCCUUCGAUUCUUGGCAGUCAUUUAAGUUUCUUCAGUCCCCCUGAGCUCUCAGGGUUAGAAAGUACUUGACCCACAGGGAGUGACCUGGAAGAACCUGGAACGUCAGCAUCAUGGAAUGACGUGCAUUGAGGAGGUCUUAGUGCCAAAGCCCAGAGAAUCCACCGGCAGCCACUUUGUGUAAGCAGCAGCCCGUGGGCCAUGAACUAUUGCCUCCAGUUAGCUGAAGGGGGAGAGAAUGAAAGAAAAAGGAUUCAUAAUUGAGGUGACAAGAGAGUGGGGUCAAAUGGAUUUGUGUUCUAUAGAAAGGCUUGUGCAUUUCAGACUUAAAUUUCGGUUCCAUGUGAGCAUUUGGGAAAAGGCCUUCCCAGAUUUCUGGCAGAGAGAAGCAUUCAGACAGGAGCCUUGUAGCCUUCAACAGAAUUGUCGGGCCUGUGGCGUGUUGAGCAAGAGUGGUCCCAGAAUCCAUUCCUUGUUGCUGAUCAGGCCCUCCAAGGGAGCUCUCACGGAUCUGGCAGUGGCAAAUGGUUGUUGGAAAACCUAUUAUUGGUUCUCCAAAUUCCAUUUCAUUCUAAAACUGAAUGAAUUUGCUGAGCAGGGGUGGUAGAAUCUGUUUGUUCCAGAGAGGGUUCUGAGUAGGAAUACAGCUAUAUAUUGCCCCAGUGAGGAUUGCCCCUUUCCUCCCACCAAGCCCAGCUUCUCCCUUCCUCCUGUCUUCCUUAGAUGUUAUUCCAAAUAAUCCAUUCUCAUCAUGGCCCUAACAUGUCCACUAUGAGCUGAUGGUCCCCUUGCCAACGGAGGGACUACACAUUUUCUCAAGAAAUGUGUGGCAUUUCAGGGGAGUGAAUCACAAAUCCAUCUACUCCAGCUCCUGCAGUAGGAUUGAUGACUGAUGGAGAAGCAGGCAGGAGGAGAAGACAGUUUGGAAAUCUAAUUCAGGGGGAAGUAACAGGGAUCAAUUAUGGAGCUCCUGUGGGUCGGGGUUUGACCAUCACAGGGAACCGCUUUGGGGAGAAGGCAAUUAGAUGGUUAGGAAGCACGGGUUACCAUUGGAGGAUGAGUCAUUGCUUCUGAGUGUGGUGUAUGUGGAAGUAGGACCAGGAGGUCAGCAGAGCAGCCAGGAGACUGAGAAGUCUUUAUUCUCUUCUUUAAAAUAGUCUCUCUCAUCUGCCUCAGAAGCCCCAGAUUCUACAACCUUCUUAAAGCUUUCAGCUCUGCAUGGACCAGAGGCUGGAAUAUGGAUGUUGUGUUCCCAUGGUGACUAAAAUCCUCUCUGAGGAAUAAAGUACUUUCCUUCAUGGAGCACCCCAGGGCCUUGAGAGAGUCAGACGGCUGCUGGCUUAUUGAGAAAGAAGAGCGUUGCUGCCUGUUGACUGACUAAUGGAGCGGUGCUGGGUGCCCUAGACAACAGGAGGUCCGUGGGAUCCCUGCCCUCAGCCAGGUGGAAGCAGAGAAACAGGAGAAAGAAGGGGGCCUGAGGUGAACUGCCUCUUUCCUUGCUCCCUUUGCCUCCUCAGUAGGCCAGUGGCAGGACCUUAUUGGAAGGGAGACUGCAUUCCUCCAUGUGGAGGGCCAUGUGCGGUGCCUUCUUGGGUGAAAGGAGACGCCAGCCAGCUCUGGUAGAACCAGGUGGUUGUGGGAGAGGCCGCCUCUUCUAAUAACGAGAGUGUAGGGGAAAGGCUCCAUGCCUACUUCCUGCUUCACUCAGCAGCACCUGCUCCAGAGAUCUGCUUAGCACCAUUGGUGUCCCUAGAAUCCUCAGGAAAAAAGGGAGGGUCUGGCACAGAGGGAGGCAUUAGCAGGAUUUGGGAUUUAGGGAAUCGUCACUGAGUGAGGUGGUUAAUUAUCUGUCAUAUUGUGAUAGAAUGUCCCAGAGCUGGUCAGGCUUGGGCCAGGCUCAGAAAUGAAGGAAGAGAUCUGAUUCCAGGCACUUCCUCUGUAUGUGCGCCAAGGCACACACACACAAGGAAGAAAGAGACCAUCCGUGCUAGAGAUGACAGCGGAGGCCAAGGGGUUCCCAAAGCUAAAUCAAAUUUCUUCUCAAUUGUCCAGAUAUAAAAUCGUCAGUUAGAGUGCCGAGGGUAACUAGACUGGUUACCUACUGGUUGGACCUGGAACAUCCAUAAAGUUGACAAUACAAAUUCCACAUGGACUUGAUUACAGCUUCUUCCUUUUGUUAGAUAGACCUGCAUUGGUUCAGACUAAGAACCACAAUGUGGCCAUUGGAAAGUUAUGCCUCAUUAAAGGGUUGCAUGGACCGAGAUGCUUUCAGGUCUGUUCUGUCCCUGGGGCUCUGGUCUGCCUUGUCCUUUCUCCUCGUGAAAGGAUUCCCUUUUGACAGGCCUGCUUGCUUGGGUCUGGUCCAACAUAAGGUUGUGGUCAACAGAAAGGGAGAAACAGCCUGGGGUUGAGGUAGAACUGGCUCUAGAACCUAGAAUCCAGAACCAUGACCGAGCGAGCAAAGGAGCCGGUGCCAGGGCUGCCGAAGCUGUGUGGCUGCAUCUGUCCCAUCACAAAGUCUCGUUACCCCUCUAGAACUUGUCCCCAUGCAGGUAGCUCUAGUUUCUAUAGGCCUGCCGCCAAGGAUGGCAGAGACAAGUUGAACACCUGGCUGCUGUUGGUUGAUUUUUUUCAUGAAACCGAUAGAUUCCCAAACCCCAUUGUUUGGAUGGUACCUCAGUGUCCCCCCUAGUCCAUCCUUGCCUCUGCAUAGGAUGAAACUGAAGUCUUCAUUCCUGGAUUUCCUGAGUCACAUUUACCACACAAUCUAGCAGCCCUUAAUUAUAUACAGCUUUCAUAUUGGUGGUUCCUUGUUUUGUGUGUAAAUUUGACCAUAAGCUCGAGGCAGCUAGGUGGCGCAGUGGAUAGAGCACCAGCCCUAGAGUCAGUAGGACCUGAGUUCAAAUCUGUCCU